CCAUAAACGCUGUUAAAUGCAGUGAACAAUUUGGAUACAACAGUCAGCCAAGGACUACAACAAUGGUGGUGAAGGUGUAUGGCCCAGCCUUUGCUUCUCCAAAGCGAGUGAUUGCAUGUCUUAUUGAAAAGGAGAUUGAAUUCGAGACUGUCCCUGUUGAUUUGCUUAAAGGAGAGCACAAAGACCCUGAAUUUCUCAAGCUCCAGCCUUUUGGAACAGUUCCUGUCACUGAAGAUGGAGAUUAUGUUUUAUAUGAAUCUCGUGCAAUCAUAAGGUACUAUGCAGAAAAAUACAAAUCACAAGGGACUGAUCUACUGGGAAAGACAGUAGAGGAAAGGGGUCAAGUGGAAAAUUGGCUAGAGGUUGAGGCACACAAUUUCAACCCACCAAUUUACGCCUUGACCCUACAUUUGAUGUUUGCUUCCAAGAUGGGGUUCCCUCCUGAUGAAAAUUUGAUCAAGGAAAGCGAGGAAAAGCUAGGCAAAGUUCUGGAUAUUUAUGAGGAGAGGCUGUCAAAGAACAAGUACUUGGCCGGUGAUUUCUUCAGCCUUGCUGACCUGAGCCACCUGCCAUUUACUCAGUACUUGGUGGGUCAAAUGGGAAAGGAAUACAUGAUAACCAGCAGGAAGCAUGUGAGUGCUUGGUGGGAUGAUAUUAGCAGCAGACCGUCCUGGCAGAAGGUUCUCCAGCUCUAUGCUCCUCCUUUCUAAGAAUUGAAAAUGAUGCAAUCUGGGGAUGGGAUCUUUUCAAUGAUGUCUGCUUUGUUGUUUAGCAGUUUGGUUUGGUUUGGGGUCUGGCCUUUGUCUGUUUUAAGAGGCCAACUAGUUAUCCUAUGUUAGUUAUAGUUCAAUAAAAUGUUGGUAGGGGUAGGGGGGGUUACAGUUAUGGUUGUGUUUGCCUAUGUUUGAUAUUAUGAAUAAAGAUGAAGCAAUCAUGGAGAUAUCAAAGAGAAUCAAGUGCUGAAUUGAAUGUGCUUCAAAGGCAAUUUUUUUCUUUUA